CGACGGUCUCUUCCCACAUGAUUCGGUGCUUUUAAAGUGUUCCCGAAAGUAGCAUCUAAAAAUAAAUCAUGCAGCUUUUCUUUUGUGAUAUACUCGCUCUGCUCGAAAUAGUAACGCCUGGCAGACGAUAUAUAAGAGACACCCUGCUCGCACCCAUCAUUUUUGCCUCUUCUCUCCACCAAACAACGCUGUAAUUUACUUUUUUCUUUCUAUAGUUGCUGAAUUUUCAUCCUUUUCUUUGCACCGCCAGCGCAAAACAAUGUAUAACUCGUCGCCCUCAAGGUUCGGGCUCAUAGCAGUCCUGAUGAUGCUGUUCAGCGCUGCCUUCGCCGCCGACGUCAGUACCAGCGACGGCUCUCUGGCGCUCUCGAAACACGGUGCGCUGACCGCCUCUGGCAUCGUGGCCGGCAUCGUUCUGAUUGUUGUCGGCGUGUUCUUCACGUUCUUUGGUCGCAAGCUCGUAAAGGUUCUUAUUUUCCUGGCUGGCUUCUGCUUUAUUGGCGGGCUUACCAUCUACCUCGAGUACAAGAUCCGUGCGCCGCGCGAGGACGAGAAGACGCGAGAGAUUGUCUACCUGGUGGUUGGAGGUGUCCUGGGUCUUAUUGCCGGUGGCCUUCUUCUGUGCCUGUACAAGGUGGGCAUUGCGUUCGUGGGAGGCCUCGGCGGCUUUGCGCUGGCCACCUGGAUUCUGUCGAUGAAGUCGGGGUCGCUGAUCACUUCGGAGGCGGGACGCAUUGUGUUCAUUGUUGUCUUGAUUGUCAUUGGCAUGCUCCUGGCACUGUUCUUGGAGAAACCAGCAAUUAUCGUCGCCUCGGCAGUGUGGGGAUCGUACGCGCUGUUUGUUGGCAUUGACUGCUUCGCCAAGACCGGCUUCCAGGACACGGCUACUGCGUUCCUCAGUGCCCCCGGCGCGACGUACGAGACGUCGGCAAAGGUGUAUGGAAUGAUUGCCGGAAUGGCCGUUACUGCCGGUGGUUGGUAUUCGGUGUGCAGUUUGCCAUCAACCGCGACAGGAAGCAAAAGUUUGAGCCGCUGCCCUGAGUUGCAAGCCUCCCAAGAGAAUUUUUCUCUGCACUAUUCGUGCACUACUCCUUGUAAAAUUCUUUUUUCCUAGCUCCUUUGUCAUAUACCUGAAAUUAUUCACCCUCCCCAGCCUGCAUACCAUAUCACGUCACUGCGCACCGCCCGUGCAUUGCCGGUGCAUUAGCGAAUGGGCCAUGUGAAACAAGCACACCCACAUCACUCCCCCCCACACACGCACUAAACAUGGAUCAGCGUGCAACGCCCAGCAUAAUGGUCAAUUCUCCCCGUCUUGGCAGUAGGCCAGAGGGCUUGGCAUUGGGGUAUAUAUGCCAGAGAUAAAAAUACCAU